AUGAUAAUUAUAUUAUUCAUAUUGAUUACCAUAACAUAUUCACAAUUAACCACUAUAAUUGAAUAGCCAAUUAUACAACCAUAUAGCUAUUUGUAAUUAGGAUAAGUUAUUGGAGAUUAUCAGAAAUAAAACUUUAAAGUAGGUAAUCUUAUAGUCAAUUAAACUUUAAUGUCAUCUAAUAAUAAGACUUUUUAAGUAAUUUUAUUGCCAUACAACGAUCCUAAGUAUCCUUGUCUUAUUCAAUAAUUCUAAUUCCCCAAUAAAACUUAGAAUACUUAAAGAUGUGGAUUCUAAUAAACAGAUAGUUAAUGUCUUAAUAAAACACUUUAUGUAAAUUAACUUAACAAUUAAUAUGUUUUCUAUGAAGGAUGUUACUCUAUUUCAGUUAAUUAUUUUGAUGAUGAAAUCAAUAAUAAUUAAUAAACUUUAUGGAUUCUCAUUUUGAUUAAUUAGGAUGAUGAAAGUAUUAUUCAAUUAACAUCUACAUAUAAUAUAGUAAUUGAUAAUACUAUUUCAUUUUAUUAAAUAUCCCUUGUUCUAUGUAUUUUGCUAGGUAUAUUUAUUGUGAUAUCUAUUUCUGUGCUUUGUAUUCUCAAUCAUAAAUAUUAGAAGAUUAAAUAAUAAAAUAUCACAUUAAAAUUAGUCAACAGAACAGAUGAUUACCAAAAAACAAAAUUAUUAUGA